AUGGGUGUGAGCCAAGGGGUGGCCUUCUAUGUUGUGGCGGGUUCCUUCCGGGACCCUGUGAACAGCCUCUCUGCCCCCAGGGAAGAUCCAGCCCUGUUCCUCAGCCCAGCAGCAGCUCCAAAGAAGAGCCGGGGGUGCUGGCGUGGUGCUGUGAGAAAGAUGGAGACCUAUGAGGAUCACCCCUGGUGCUCCUACAGUUACCCAAGCGGAGAGGAGGAGCUGACGGAGGAGGAGCAGCACCACGAUCGGCAGCUGGCCAAGGUGAGAGCCCGGAGCAACAGCCGAUCCCGCCGGCGGUCCUCCUUCCUGGUGGACGAGCUCGAUAUGCUCAUGGACAAGGCGGCCACCACCAUCCAGGCCACGUGGCGCGGGCACCUCAGCCGGAAGCAGCUCAUGACCGAGCAGGCCGCAGCUGCCACCAUCCAGGCCGCUUGGAGGCAAUACAUAACCCGCGAGUACCGGGCCUUGCGGCAGCAGCACAUGCCAUCACAGCAAGUGUACAGGCACCAAAGGGCAUCCUCCCUUUCCCCCUAUGGGCGGGAGAGGGAGCCCCAGGGGCACCCCAGGAUGGACAGGGAGAGAGCUGCCCAGGUCAUCCAGGCACACUAUCGGGGUUACAUGACUCGCCAGGCCCUCGCUGAAUGCCAGCAGGCGGCCACCACCAUCCAAGCCCACUGGAGGGGAUACCGUACCCGGCAGGACUUGGCCCAAGGAGUGAGCCACGCUUACCCGCCUGGCCGCCCACAGAGGACCUACCACGUCCCUGAAAGUCUUCCGAAGGGGGGGACCUACUAUGGCCAUCCUGGCUACAUGCCAGGAAGCUCCUCCUGGGUGGGCCCGUACCCCAGGAAACACUGGCGCAAGUGCCUUGUGGGAGACCCCGAGGAGUGGAGAAGCAAGGUCCCGCGGUCCCAGCAAGAGGACACGGACGUCUCCCAGCCCAAGAUGUGUCCCCGCUGCGGGAGGUGCACCAGCAUCCGGGUGCUCGUGGGCGUGGGCAAAGGCCCGCCUUCGGAAUCAGAAAGGGAAGACAGCGAGUGUGAAGGGCACGCAACGCUCCCUCCUUCCAGGACUGCCAGGAGGAUGUCCCACGCCUCCAGGCAGAAGGAGGGACAGGCACUGGGCCAGCCCCGCUGUCACAGGCCCCACCUCUCCUAUCAGGCGCCUUCCAAAGGCUACUAUACGCCUGCUGAGGAGCAGCCGCGGAGGCAGGGUCGGGAGCCCGGAGGCCUGAGCCAGCGCCUGGCCACCAGCACGCCAACCUCUGUCCGGCUGACACGGGAGCGGACCACCACGCGGAGCCUCUCCUCCACCAGCGUCCAGCAGCAGCAGCAGCAGCGGCAGGCACCUUCCCCGGGCACCUCCGACUGGCUGUACGAGAACUACGGUGCCCGCCGGAUGGGCGAAGGCCAGAGGCGGGUGUUCAAGACUAGGAAACAGAUGUGGCAGGUGGUCCGCGCAGCCACCCUGAUCCAGGCCUUCUGGCGGGGCUGGCGGGCACGGCAAACAUUGCGUGUCCAGGAAGAAGCAGCGAUCAAGAUCCAGUCCGCCUAUCGGGGUUACCGAACCAGAGCCUACCUCAUGGAGGUGGGAGUCCUAAGCGAAGGAGAUACAGAUUAAAACUGCUUUCGGGGGACUGGGUCCUCCUGGAACCGGGGGGAAGGAAGAGGGAGGCUCGACGGAGGACACCUGCUUCUGCCUCCUCUAACAAGCAAGCUU